AUGUCGCCCUCCACCUUCAAGAGUUCUUUCAGUGUCACGCACAUUGGUACUGCUACUGCUAUCUUCGAAAUCGAUGGCAUCAAUUUCCUGACCGAUCCCUUCUUCUCCCCUGCUGGAACAACAUGGGACAUGGGCGGCGGGAACAUGCUCAAGAACACUGAGACACCUGCUCUUGCCCUUGAAAACUUACCCGCAAUCGAUGCCAUCCUCCUCAGCCACGAAGAUCAUCCAGAUAAUCUGGAUGAGCUGGGCCGCCGUCUCUUGGACGGUCGACAUCCCUGGCAAACCGUCCCCGUUGCACUUGGUGGCAAGCAAUUCGAAAUCACUGCAACUCCAUGCCAACAUCUGCCCGGUGGCGAGUGCACCGGCUUCAUCAUCACUUCCGAGGAGUUUGGUGUUGCAGCGGAUGGCAAGCCCAAUGCUAUAUACUUCACCGGUGACACGGUUUACAUUGAUGAGCUUGCCAAAAUCCCUGAGAAAUUCCACGUUGUUUGUGCCGUGAUGAACCUUGGCUCCGCGUUCGCUGGUCUUCCUGAUGGUCCAUUGCAGAUCACUAUGGAUGGCAAGCAAGCUGCUCAUCUCUUCCGCACUAUCAAGGCUGACUACCUUGUGCCAAUGCACUACGAGUCCUGGGGGCACUUCACUCAAUUUGGGGAGGAUUUGAUCAAGGUCUUUGAAGAGGAGUCCAUUAUGGACAAAGUUCGUUGGCUUAGCCCAGGAAAGUCUGUCAAGGUACUGUAG